GAUUCUCCUCGCAUGACGGGGGAUAGACGCCCGCCUUUGGAAGCAUUUGUCGAUUCCACGCCAUUCCUAUUCUCACUUUUUCGGGUGUUACUGUUAAGUGGUUAGCCCAAGGGCGUCAAGCGAGAGCGGCGAAGCUCCAUGGCGUUGGAUAACCACAUAGAGAAGAUACUUUGGAAUGAGGAUCAAAUCUCCCGCCGAGUCUCCGAGCUCGCCGCCCAAAUCGCUGACGACUUUCGUUCCUCCUCUCCUCCACCCGUUUUUGUCGGCGUGGCCAUCGGCGCCUUCUUGUUUUUUGCCGACCUUGUUCGCAAAAUCGACCUUCCCAUUUCAGUUGAUUUCGUUCGAGCUCAGUCCUAUGGUUCUGGAACCUGCUCCAAUGAAGCACCGAUUGUUUCCUCUGAUUUGAAGAUUGACGUUCAGGGCCGCCAUGUAGUCCUGGUUGAAGACAUUGUAGAUACGGGGCAUACUAUAUCUAGCAUAAUUGCUCUCUUGAAAGCAAAAGGAGCAUCCUCUGUCUCCGUGUGCACUUUCCUUGAUAAACCAUCAAGGAGAAAGGUUAACAUUCAGCUAGUUGGCGAGGGGAAAUUCUACAGGGGAUUUGAGUGCCCAAAUUAUUUUGUUGUUGGCUAUGGGUUGGAUUUUGCUGAACUGUAUAGGAACUUGCCUUAUAUUGGCGUCUUGAAGCCUGAACAUUACAGUUGACGCUAUAUCUCAUCUGCCACGAGGUUUAUGCAUCAGUCUAAUGAAUUUUCCUCAACUUCACCCUCUCUGAUUCAAUUGAGUUACGGAUUUCCAUCCUUCUGUGAUUUUUCAGGAAUAUAGUGAAAUUAUACAAUGUUCUUUGAAGCUUUAAAGUUCCAUUUCUCAGUAGUUUUAUCUUGCAAGGACUCUGUUACAGUCUUUCGAAUUAGCUUGAAGAAGCUUUUUAACGUGCAUGAAAAUAUGUAAUACACUCUCAAACUGGGCCUUCACAUGUUUAUGAUCUAUAUUAUUUUGAUA